GGAGACUAUCUGAUGGUGAGGAAGUUAAAUGAGAUAGUUUAGUAGAAGGUUUGGUAGAACUAGUUUGUUUUCAGUUCUUAGAAGCGUUUUUAAACGAAUAGGUCUGGUUUUAGCCCUGAGUUCGGACUGACAGGUGCAGCAUCCACCUGUAAUCCGCUUCUUUGUUCAGGGAGGUGGAGGCUGGGGGGUGUGGGUGUGUUGGCUGGAGAGGUGGAGUCUCUAAGUCUCCAGACAGGCGCACUAGACAGAUUAGUCUCCUCCAGCCGCUAACCAGGACUCAAAUCAGCUGCGGAGCGCAGACGGAGCUCCACGCCGGUUCCUGAGCCGGUCUUCCGGGGUAGAGGGGGCGGGUGGUGGUCUGGAAGAACCUGGAUUCGGGUCCGAUGGAGGCUGCCGUGCUGGGCCCCGCCGUCAUGACGGACGUGGACUGCGGCAGCCUGAACGCCGAGCUGGAGGUGAAGAAGCUGCAGCAGCUGGUGCGGAAGCUGGAGCGGCAGAACAAGCAGCUGCGGAGCCGGGCCGGAGGCUGCCUGUCCGGGGGCUUCCAGCACUUCCAAGGCCCGCUGCUCCAGCCGUCCCUAAGCUCGCUUUCUCCUCCGGAAGAACCGCUAGAUCAUUUCGACCCGUACGCAGGGGAGGAGGAGGAGGAGGAGGAGGAGGAGGAGGAGGAGGAUGCUUCGGAACCGUCGGUUCUGGAUGAGUUGGAGCUUCUGGACCUGGAGUCUCUGAGCUGCUCGGAGGAGUCUGAUGAAACCUGGUUGUACGUAGCAUCGAAAGCAGGAGAGAGUUCAGCCGAGUCUCUCAGUCCGCUGCAGUGGUGCCGGCAGAACCUGGACAGCCCCAAGUCGGACGUGGAGGUCGCCAGAAGGUCGUUGUCUCUGCGACUGGAACAAGUCUCCAGGUGGCGUAGCUCCCUGUCGUCCCCUGGAACCCCACCGACCCGAGCCGCAGCGGCGUCUCCCCGCCCAGCCAAACCCUGCUCCACCCCACCGCCACCGACUGAAAGACACGCCUCUCCUCUCCUCUCCUCCCCGCUGCACCCCGUCCUCCAUCGCACCCUGAGCCCCUUGGGGAGGGAGCUGUCCCCUGUAGCUGAACGGACGCCCACCUUCCUCCCUCACCCUCCCAAACGAAGCCGCAGUCUUCGGCGCUCCACCCUGAGCCCCGAGUCGUCGGUGGACAGCGACCUGGGGACGUCGGAGGACGACUCCAUCAGCCUCGGAUACAAACUGCAAGAUCUCACGGACGUCCAGGUCAUGGCCCGGCUGCAAGAGGAAAGUCUACGGCAGGACUACGCCAGCACGUCGUCGUCCGCCCUGGCCGGCCGCCGCAGCCAGAGCUUCACCUUCCAGCUCAGCCAGCUCAGCGCCGGCCCCGACCUGGAGGAGGAAGACGAGGAGGACGACGAAGACUACGCCCUCCUGCCGCCGCCGCAGCCGCGCCUCACCCGCCUCUCGCACUCCCACACCUUCUGCAGCGUCCGCGACUGGCGAAGAAGCACCAGCUCCCUGUGCACCCCUCCUUCCACCCCCCCCACGCCGUCGCGCCCUUCCGCUGGCUCCGCCUACCUGGCGUCGCCGCCGGCGCUGCCACCACUGGGGCCGGGAGACCCGUAUGGCAUCGAGGCGCCGGGCUUCAACCCAGGAUCAGAUAAGCUGCGGAGGAGCAUGCCUAACCUGGUCAGAGCUCCCAGCAUGCCCAGUGUGCCCAUUCCCACCUCUUCCAGUGCUGCUGCUGCUUCUUCUUCUUUGCUUCGUAACAGCCAGAGUUUUGAUUCCUCCGGCAGCUUGGCUCGCCUCCAGUCCUCCAGUAAGACUCCAGUGCCGCCGAUUCUCUGUCGUUCUGUGACAAACGGGUCAGUGUUCCGUUUCCUCCUCCGCCUCAGUCCCCUCUCCAGGCCAGCUUCAGAACCGGGUCCAGAGCCUCGGGAGCUUCUCCUCGCUGUCACGGCAACCACUGAAAGCCACCGCCUACGUCAGCCCGACGGUCAAGGGCCCGACGUCCGCCAGCCUCACGUCUCUGAACAGCAGCGGCAUCCCUCUGCUCAGCAAACCAGCAGGCGGAGGCUCCGCCCGCGGCGGUCUGCCACGCCCCGCCUCCAUCCUGGGCCCCACAAGCUCCAGCCCCCGCGGCAAGGUGGCUUUAUCAUCACGAAGUUUACUGACGCCUCCAAAGAGCUUGUCCACCUUCAGUGCCCUUCGCGACAGCGCCUGGAGAGACGGCUGCUACUGACGGCUGAGCACCCCGCAGGCCGGGGGCCGCGCCGUGGGCAGCGAGGCUUCGGACCUGAGAUUCUGCGUCGGAACAGUCGGAUUCUGUCUUCAAUCGUAUGCAGGAUUUCUUCGGAGGACUCGGGUAACCUUUCUGGAUCUGUGUGCGACGUACGCCGGUGAGUUUGGUGGUUUGGUGCCAAAAGCGAGCCGUUCUCCGCUGUGCAAUAAGCCGCCGGCCGCUGGGUAACGCUGACGCUAACCAGCAAAGAGGGCUGCCAGUUUUUACUAUAUGAACCUCUCAUACUGUUUUUAUUAAAAUAUUUAUUUUCAAUAAAACCGAUUUGACUAAUCUGGUGUAGUUGCCAGUAAUGCUGCUAAAGUGUAAUAAAUCCCUGUAGAUUUGGGCACAUUUGGUCUAAUUUUUAGAGUAUUAUGUAUUGGUGUAACACCUAACUGACUGCAUAUAUCUGUUUGACUGAUUGCAAUUUUUAAAGUGUAAAUCGCCCAAAAUGAAAAUAUGGGGAAUGUCUCACUGUGGUGUCACCAGACUUUAUGCAUAUUCCCACUGAUCUUGUUGCACUUUGCCAGAAAUCUCACAAAUGUAUUUGUUUACUAAUGUUUGCACUCUGAGACUCAAUCUGGUGGAUUUAGAUAAAAAAACUAAAAAAACACACUGAUCAAGAUGUUUUUUUGUUCAAGAUCUAACAAUUGUACACUUUUUUUUUUUUUUUUUUUAAAUGUAGCACUUCCAGUUUGUGUAACUUGGUCCUUAAUCGACGUUUUAAAGGGCACAUCUUUCACAAUUUACACUGUUUUUUGUUACUGUGAAUUUUACUAAAACUUAAUAAACUCAAUAUAUUUGGCAACA